AGUCCGCCGGCGCCGAUGCUGCUGAGCGGAGCGGCCGGAUCGGAGCGCGGCGGCAGCGGCGGCGGGGCGGGGGCCGGCGGGGCACCGCAGUGCGUGGGCACCAUGGCCCGCUGGCUCCGCGAGCACCUGGGCUUCCGCAGCGCCCGGCCCGCGCCCCCCGCGCCGCCCAAGCCCGACUACCGCGCCGGGCCGCCGCCGCAGCCGCCCCCGCCGCCCGGGGGCGCGGCCGAGCCGCUGGCCGCCGCCCAGCCCGACAUCGUGGCGGCCUACCGGCUGCAGAAGGAGCGCGACUUCGAGGACCCCUACAGCGGCCCGCCGCCCUCCGCCGCCGCCCCCGACGGGCCCCGCUACGUCUCACCCAAGCACCGGCUCAUCAAGGUGGAGGCGGUGGAGAAGGUGCCCUCCAGCCCCCCGCCGCCGCUGGUGCCCGCCGCCCCCAGCUCACCCCCGGCCGGCCCCGAGCCGCCCGACGAGCCGUCUCAGGAGGUGGCUGUCCUGGAGGACUACGCCGAUCCCUUCGAUGCGGCGCAGGUGGCAGGUAGUCAGGCAGGGCUGGAGAAGGUGACCGAGAAUGAUGGAUAUAUGGAGCCAUAUGAAGCCCAGAAGAUGAUGGCUGAGAUCCGCCAGAAAGGCUUACGGGAAGCUCCUGCCCGGCCACUGCACCUCUAUGACACUCCCUACGAGCCUGUGCAAGACAUAGACAGUGAGCGCCCGACCUGCCCCUGGCCCAGGGAGUCCCGGCUGCCUGAGGAUGACGAGAGGCCACCAGAGGAGUAUGACCAGCCCUGGGAGUGGAAGAAGGAGCGGAUCUCCAAAGCCUUCGCAGUUGAAAUCAAGGUCAUUAAAGACCUACCGUGGCCCCCACCGGUGGGACAGCUGGACAGCGGUGAAAGCCCCCCCGACAGUGAGGCCGGUGCCCCUGUCCCUCCACAGCACAGCCAGCACAGCUAUGAAGACACCAAUGGUCCCUCCGAGGGGCUGGGCUACGGCUGCAUGUCGCCCUGCAGGGAGGAGAAGGCCAGGGCUGCCCUGAGACACGGCUCCAGCAGCCUCAAGAGCACAAAGACGCUGAUGGCUGAGCCAGGCCCCUAUGUUGGGGAGAGGAUUGACCCUGCCCUGCCCUUGGAGAGCCAGUGCUGGUACCAUGGGGCCAUCAGCCGGACGGAUGCGGAGACUCUGCUGAGGCUGUGCAAGGAGGCCAGUUACCUGGUGCGCAACAGCGAGACCAGCAAGAACGACUUCUCCCUCUCCUUGAAGAGCAGCCAGGGUUUCAUGCACAUGAAACUGUCCCGGACCCAGGAGAACAAGUACGUGCUGGGUCAGCACAGCCCGCCCUUCGACAGCGUGCCAGAGAUCAUCCAUCACUACGCCAGCCGCAAGCUGCCCAUCAAGGGGGCGGAGCACAUGUCCUUGCUUUACCCGGUGGCAAUCCGUACCCUAUAGUACUCACCCCCUACGAGCCAGGCUCGAGGCUGGGUGUACCCAAAACCAGCCCAUCUGCAGGGCCGAGCGCUGCCACGCCAAGGACGGGCUCCAGACCGUUGGCCCAUGAGCAGCUCACUGGGCACAGCCAGCGCUGUUGGGGGAUUGCUGCAGCCGGACCUCUCGUCCUGCUCUCUCGGAAGGCUCCCAUGUGCUACUUUGCCCCCUGGCAUGGCACCGGAGGGACCUCCUGUGCAAGGAGCUUAGUGGGGCUCGCCGGCUGCCUGCUGCCAUCACCUGCCUCCAGGCAGAGCUCAAAACACAAGGACUGGAGCUGGGGCCUGGAAAAACCCAGGGAAGGGGGCAGUGGGUGCGAAUACGGGGAUAGAUCAUCUGGUAGCAGGCCUGAGGUGCCUCUGUGAGGGUGGCUGGCACUACCUGUGAGAGACAAAAUGGCUGUGCCUGCAGGCAGGGAGGCUGGUGGGUGCGAGCGGGGCCUGCCUGGGGCUGUUGAGCUGUGGUGGGGGCUGGGCAGGCUGGCCCUCACCUGCACAAGUGCUCGGUACUCAAUGCCAUCCUUUGCCAAAUGUAAAUAGUGACUGGCCUGGGCUGCACAUGCAGCACCACUGCCUAAUAAAGCAGUGCAUGGUCACCUCCUGCUCCACGGGAACUGUGCCCACGUCCCACCUCGAGUUGGAGCAACUGUGUGGCAAAAGGGCAGGGAGGGACGUUUUGUUACAAAAAAGCUCUAAGUGAAGUGAUUUUUCCUGUGCUUUUGCAUGCACUGAGACCCCCUGUGCCUAAGCCAUCAGCUGACUCCUCAGAGACACAGGGGACAAGGGUGGUCACACCCUUGUGAUGUCUUUGAGACCAUUCGUGAGCAGUGAUGAGCUGAUUUUGGAUAGGCCUGUUACUCCCUACAGAAGGGGGUGCUCUUCAGGAUCUUUUGGCUCCUUGUUUUCCUUCACCUAUUGUAAGUCUGAGGCAAAAUCCCUGAAUUUCAAAGAUUUCCUGAUCUCUUCCUCUGAGUAUUUACUGACUCCGGUCCUGUUCUUUGUCUUCGUGACACCUUGUCUUUGAGCCAGCUUGCUCCUCUUUUUUUUGGCUGAAGCUCUAUCUGGUGUUCUUUACUGUUUCAUGCAUACCUUGCCUUUUAAACUUGUUCCUGGUGUUGCUCCUGGACCCACAAAUAUACUUUUCCUCCAUCCUUGUGUCAGCCUAAGCUCUAUCCCACUGCUACUCCCUAGCAGCACAUUCCCUUUCCUCUCUGCUCCCUCAAUGGGGAUGGCAGCAGCAAAUUCGCUGCUGGAGCAACAAAACCUUCUCUGCGAGCAGAGCAAAGGGCUUGGGCAUCAGUGGGAUGAGUUAGCAGUGGCUUGAUGAAGGCUUUGUGAAAAAGAUCAUUCUCCCCUCUGCCUGCUGCCAGGAAGAAGCUGGCCCUGCUGGUUGUCUGGAGGGGACAGAGGUGAUGAAUAAGACCACAGGGAUCCUGUGGGGGUGGGUGCUGCAGCUGCAGCAGGAACCCUGCUUGACCAUCCAGGGCUCUGGGGUAUUACAGGCUCAAUUUGUAGCUGGGGGAUGGCUGUCCUGGCUUGCCCUUCACAGUUUGGAGCUGCUGGGGACCAUCAGGCAUGGCCAGUGUGGUAUGUGAGUGCACUCUGUGGUUGAGAGCCUGCAGAGCUGUGGUGGCUUGUUCCAAGAUGCCUCAGCCUCUGCCGCUCCUUAAAAGGCAGCAGAUCGAGCUGGUCAGGCUCCUGGUGUCUCCUUACAGCCUGCUUGGCUGCUGGCAGCCCUGGCUGCCUCUCUCCAUCAUCCCAGGGAGGCAUUUUGUCCAGCAGGGACAGAGGUGACUCCAGUAGGAGGGUUUUUUCUCCCAGAGCCUGCAGGAAGGGCUGGAGAUGUAGAAAUCUGAGGAGGUGCUCUUGGAUGCCCUUGCUGCACUUAAAAGGUUUCUUGAGUGUCCUUUAGCAGCCCCACUGUGACAUGAUGGCUCCAGCAAGGAGCUCUUCCCAGGGGAUCCUCUACUUUCUCUGUGGCUGGGUGAGCAGAGGCUUUUCGUGUCUGUGCAGCUGGGCAAUAGAGGCACAGGAGAGCCUCUCCAUGUAGAGGGGGGCUUUUUCCUCGAGGAGCUGUGGCAGGGAGCAAACUGCCUGGCAGCCACUGCUGGCUGUAUCAGCAAGCUCAUAGCCUUAUGGUAAAAUCCUGCCCUGUCAGCCUGGCUCCAUCCCAGGCACAGGGAUGAGAGGAGUGAGACUGUGUCAUUGCAGCAGCUCCCCAGAACUGGUCACGGACCCCAGAAUUGCUCUGCAAGCUGGGCUGUGUGUCCAAGUGCUUCAGCAAAGCAGCUCUUGAUCCUCACUGUGGGAAUUGCAUCCCUCCUCAGCCCUCUCUUCUCCAGGCUAAAGAAGCAAAAUUCCUCAAGUGCUUCCUCAUACAAGAUGUUCUCUGGCCUUGACCAUCCUCAUCAGGACUCUCUCCAUGUACUUGGGGUCCAAAACUGGUCGGAGUUUCCAGGUGUGGCCUCACCAAUGCCAAAUAAAGGGAAAUAACCCCUU